AUCUUAAGUGUGAGUUUUAGGUUCUAGAUAUUUAAUUAAGUGUGUCAUAUCUUAAUUAAAUUCUAGAUUCAAACCCCAAGUUAGGAUAAGAGUGUGUAAUAUCUCUUAAACACCAACUUGGUUUAUCCAUCCCUAAUUUUCUUCCAUUUCAUAUCCCCCCAUUUCUCCUUCUUAAUCCUAUUCAUUUUCUUCCAUAAAAUACCAAAAAAAAAAGAACUCCUAAAACACCCUCCAUACUUUCGCCCACUAUUUCCCUUGCAUUUUCCUCCGCACAUCCGCCACUAAACUAAAUUAUCAACUUGAUAAGACCCCCGGUUCACCCCUAACAGUAAGCCAAUAACUUAAAUUGUGACAGAGAAUAGUAUUAUAAUAGUCUUUGUAUUCUUUAACUUAUUUAAAUUGAGAUAGAAAGAAUAAUAGUCUUUUGUAUUCUUUAAUUUAUUCAAUUUGGUCUUUACGUUUAAUGUUCAACGUAAUGCAAUGAUGAUUGUAAAACGUCAAAUAGGAAGAAAAAAAAAUUUCGAAUUUUAUUUUCUCGUAUUGUCUUUUUGUUAUUGUUUUUAUUUAUUUUUUUCCGCCUUUCUUUCGCCUAUUGUGAGAUGAGUGAAAUAAUUGAAAAUGAGGAUAUUCAAGUAGCUUCAAAUAGAGAAGAAUCGUUGUUGCUAAUGUUCAUCAAUGUCGGUGAAGAGAUGGGUGUAUAUGAUUUGUAUGAAAUGCCAUUGAUCACCGCUCGUAUGGUCUUCGUCUCACAUCUGUUAAGCUUGGACCCCAGCUUCCAUGAACUCACAUUUGGAAUUCAUUAUUAAACUCUAGAAUAUAUUUCAGAGCGUUACAGAUCUGUCUACUUUAAAAUGGAUUGGCAAUCUAAAAUUGAAUAUAUGGUCUUUAAACUUAUUUUUCUUAUGUCUUCCCUCUUAUCUUCGUGUGGAUGAGACAUUCAUGGAAACUGGGGUUUUGAAAUUUUAUGGAGGUAGAGUGUUUAUUAAGAUAUAUACCUAAUACACUUAGGUUCCAUUUGGCAUCAGCGUUAGCUAUUAGUGUUAACAUUUUGAAAAGACUCUCUGACGGUAGCUUUCAGAGUUAGCGUUUUCAAAAUUAAUCUUCAACAUUAAAAUCUUAUCCAAAAUGCUAACUAUAAUUUAAAACGUUGUUUCCAAACAAACCUCUAAUAUAUUAAAGACCAUAUCCUAGCUACUUCUGAGCACUUAAAACGUUGAAAUUUUAUGAUUGAACAAAGAAUACGAGGGAAAAGAAAAGACAAAAAUAAAUAAAUAAAACUAUUUUUAGAAAAUUAAUUCCAAGACGUUAGAAAGAGAAUGAUCGGUUUGGCGUCUCUAAUUCCAUGCCAAAAGCUACUGCGUAGCUCUAAAAAAUAAAAAUUUUCCCAGUUUCUUGAUCGUUUUCACAAUUCUGAAAAGUGAUCAAUCCGUCGGGAGACAAGAAGUCCGGUCAACGGCGGAAAUUCCACGCCAUCGGAAAAAAGAUCCGACCUUUGGGAUUCUGAAAUUCUACACAAAAAAGAGAUCGAAGACCCGACUUACAUAGCGGAAUUUUUGAGCUUUGUGCCUUUGCUCCAGAAAUUGCCCAGAAAUUCUGUCCAGAAAAUCGCACAGCUAGUUGAAGUUAAGAAUUAUGGUCAAUUUUUACUUCCCCUCUAUGUAUAUUUCUCAGUUUUUACCAUUUUGUAUAUGUUCCAUUAUAUUUGUAUCAUGUCACAUUUGUGUGGUUCAUAUUCAUAUUUACUUUUUAGCAUCAAUAUGAAUCAUAGAUUCUCAAUUUUUUAAAUUUUCAUAUCACCCCUCAUUCGUGUAAUAUUUGUGUGGUUCAUAUUCAUAUUUACAUCCUCUUUCUGAGCUUUGGUAGAUUAUAGUAAUGUCUUUGAUCAGCAAGGGAAUUGUUCUGCACUCUACAAGAAUUUUUUUACCCCACAUCCCUACUGUUUUAAGAUUUUAUUGGGUUGUUGUUGUUGUACUCCUAGUGGAUGUAUGAUAUUCUUGUGCCUACGGUUGGAUGAUAGAAUAAUCUUUACUAGUAAGUUAUGGUUUAGAUGAUUUUGCUUCUUUCUCAUGUGUUUCUGUUUAUGCAAAGUUGAUUUUCUUUUAUUGGUUUUUUCAUUUUUUUCCAAAAUGGUUGACAUUAGAGAAUCUUUAUUUGUUUGGCAUAUCUUCAUUGUGUCUAUUAAAUCUUCUUUUGUAUAUUCUAUAUAAGAUAGGGGUGAUUAUGUCCUGCGCAAAGGGGAAGCAGGGGAUGGAAUUUACUUCAUUUGGGACGGCUGAAGUCUCUGGCCAUGCCGAGGAAGACAACCCUACAAAAUAUCAAUUAAAAAGAUAUGAUUAUUUUGGUCAUGGCCUCACAUCAUCAACCCAGCAUGCCGGUGUGGUCGCUCUCACUAAACUAACCUGCUUGUUGCUGCGCCAUGAACAUUGUAACCUGCUACAACCCAUAUCAAUAUGGAAUGCAGACAAAGCAGUGGAGAAAUGCUCCCUAGUGGAGUACAUUUUGCAUUUGGAACCAUUGAAAGUGGAUAUUUUCCAAGGGAUUACGUUGCCUGAUGCUCCUAAAUUUGGUAAAGUAUUUGGAGGCCAAUUUGUGGGGCAGGCAUUAGCAGCAGCCACAAAAACUGUCAAUUGUCUCAAGAUUGUUCAUAGCAUUCAUGCCCACUUCCAUCUCGGUGGGGAUGUUGAUAUACCAAUAAUGUAUCAAGUACAUCGUGUGCGUGACGGGAAGAGCUUUGCAACAAGGAGGGUAGAUGCAAUACAGAAGCAGAAGGUUGUAUUUACUUUAGUUGCUUCAUUUCAGAAAGAAGAAGAGGGAUUUGACCACCAGGAUGCAGAAAUGCCUAUAGUGCCGGAUCCAGAAACGCUUCUGUCAUUGGAAGAGAUACGUGAAAGGCGGCUCACUGAUCCUCGUCUUCCCGGUCCCUAUAGGAACACUUUAGCUACCGCGGAAUUUGUUCCAUGGCCAAUAGAGAUAAGGUUUUGUGAUCCUAAUGUAACCAGCCAGACUAAGAGCCCUCCAAGUUUGAGGUUCUGGUUUAGAGCAAAGGGAAAUCUCUCUGAUGAUCAAGCUUUGCACCGAUGUGUUGUGGCAUUUGCGUCGGAUCUUAUCUUUGGUGAAGUAGGUAACAAUCCUCAUCGCAAGAGAGGGCUGAAUAUUGCGACUAUUAGCCUCGAUCACGCGAUGUGGUUUCACAGGCCUCUUCGCGCUGAUGACUGGAUAUUGUUUGUGAUUGGGAGUCCAUCGGCAUGCAAUGCGCGCAGUUUUGUUUAUGGACAAAUGUAUGAUCGGACAGGAAUGCUUGUGGUGUCACUCACGCAAGAGGCGUUGCAGCGAGUGGUCCCGCCUGCUCAAAAGCCGAACGGACAGUCAAAGCUCUAACUCAUAUCAAUGGAAGUAUUUGGGGUCUCAUUCCAUCCAAAUCCUCUAACUCAGAAAUCAUAUAAUGUGUAAUUUCUUUUCUUGCCUUUGAUUUUUAGACUGCAUGUUAUCUUUUGGAGUGAUUGGUUUUCUUGAAGACAUAUUACUAUGGUGAAAGCACACUGAUUUUCCUUUUUUUAAAAGUGGAGUUAUUCUCGUU